AUGUUCUCCUUCAAAAUAGCUGUAAAACAGGGAGCAAUAGGGUCAAGGAACUUUUUGUUUAUGGCCCGGUAUUCAUUGGUUCUAAGAGCCGAUAUAAUUCCUCCAGAAGAGUUUCAAAUAGGCGCACAAAAGUCCUGCAAGAAUCCAUCCACCUUUCUACUCACCCACAUCCUGCAGAAUCAUGGUAUUCAAAGGUAUUCCCAGUUCCCUAAGCAGCAGCACCCUGAUCAGCAGCAGAGCUCCAAGCAGCAUAUGGAGUUGAAUAAUAGUAAAGAGGUAGCUGGCCACUCAAUUUAUAUGGACAACUACUUCACCUGUAUUGCUCUAUUCCACUAUCUUCAAAAGCAAGGAAUUGGAGCUUGUGGAACCACCCGUACUACCAAUCGCAUGUGGUUGUCAAUUCUAUAUUGGAUUAUUGAUCAUGCUAUUGUCAAUGCUUAUAUUCUUCAUCAACUGGCUACUACUGGCACUGCUGGCACUACUGGCACUGCUGGCACUACUGGCACUACUGGCACUACUGGCACUACUGGCACUACUAUAUCCCAUGUUGAAUUCCGUCAGCAGCUUUAUCUUCAACUCCUGGAAUUCUCAAAUCCUCUACCUACUACUCAAUCAAAUCCAAAUCCAAAUCACCAUCAAAUUCCUCUGCCAGGACCUCAAGCUUGUGCCUGGUGUCAGUAUAAAAGAAAGAAAACAAAGUAG